CACUUCAGCAUUUCCUUUUCUCUCUAUUUGACUUUUAAUGUACGAGAAAUUAACAGGACAACAUGGUUUCUCAGGGGAUUCAGAUUAUUGGUAUAACUAUGGCUUUAAUGGGCUGGCUCCUGGACAUCAUAGCGUGCGGCUUACCCAUGUGGAAGGUCACUGCUUUUAUUGGUGCCAACAUCGUCACGGCUCAGGUCUUCUGGAAGGGCUUGUGGAUGGACUGUGUGGUGCAAAGUACAGGCCAGAUGCAGUGCAAGGUGUAUGACUCCAUGCUGGCUCUGGAAUCUGACCUACAGGCUGCUCGUGCCAUGAUUGUCAUUUCCAUCCUAGCUGGAAUUUUUGGACUGGUCCUCUCACUUGCUGGUGGGAAAUGCACUAACUGUAUUGAAGAGGAGCAAGUCAAAGCAAAAGUCUGCAUCUGUUCUGGGAUUAUGUUCAUCAUCUCGGGAUUUCUGUGCCUCAUUCCAGUCUCCUGGUCUGCCAACAGCGUCAUCGCCAACUUCUACAAUCCAUUGAUGAUUAAUAUUCAGCGGUAUGAGUUGGGAGCGGCGUUGUAUAUCGGCUGGGCCGCUUCUUUCCUGCUCUUCCUCGGAGGAGGGCUCCUGUGCUGGAACUGCACACCUAAUGAUAAAAAGCCCCGCUACAUACCCAGAUACAUAUCUAGAAAAUCAGUCUCCACAUCGAGAGAAUAUGUUUAAGCUGGUAUUUCAUCCCCCACAUAAACUCUCAAAGUCACAGAAAUGGCAGCAGGAGGAAAUGACAGAUUGCUUUAAAACUGAGAUAAAAAUGAUGCUUAUAUUCAAGGGCAGUGUAAAUAUAGCCUAAAACUGCAGCUUGCUGAAUGAUGUGUUUGAUUGUGUGUUUGUCAAAGUGAUCCACAUCAGACAUUUUGUUGUGCCAAACGUGUGACACUAAUAUCAUAAACAAUGGCUGUAUUCCAUUCAGUAGUACCAGCAGGGUCUCGGGACUGCACAGAUUGACUGAUUGUGACCCCUAGAUGAAAUAAAAUUAUUGUUAUUAUUAGUUAUUAUUCAUUAUUGUUACCGUUGUGUUUAGCAAAAUACUGUUUUUACAUUAUAUAUGUAUUUUCAUCUGUUGUUGUGUCAUUUUCAAAACCUGAAAAUCCUAUAUGGAGGGAUACAAAUCUUCAUUCGAUGGUUGCUUGUAAUGUUCCAAGACUGUAAAUAAAUUGGACUU